AUGACUUACCAGAACCCCAAUCUCUUUACAGACAUGGACCUAUUGGAUGGUUUCAUGAGUGACGAUUUGACACCCUAUGUCUCCGAUUCCGGCCCCAGCAUUUCCAACGUGACGCCUGGUUUCGCGACAGAUCCCACGCAGAAUUACUUUGCCUCUGAUGCAUUUAACCCGCUUGCACUACAGAAUGCGCAGCCAACUCCAACGCCGCCUGCGAAAGUUGGGGGAAGGUUCACGAGGGAGUCAGUGCGGAUAUUGAAGAAUUGGCUUGCGACGCAUCAGAACCAUCCAUACCCUAGGGAACCCGAGAGACGAAUGCUGCAGGAGGAAACAGGGCUCACAAAGACGCAGAUAUCCAAUUGGUUAGCUAACGCUCGUCGGAGAGGAAAAAUACCCUCCAGCGCUUCAUCACCUCAUCACAGCGAUACAAAGGCUAUGGAUAUACCGCCCAGGCCAGGGACGCCUGCUGUGAGGAAUACUUCAGAUAUGGAUCCGUUGCAGAGAUGGGUUGACUCACCGCCAGAAGAUGAGCCAGCUGCUGUGACUGCUAUUGCAAGAGCUGUGGCUUCAGUGAAACCGUCGUCAGGUUCUACGAGUCCAUAUACAAGACUUUCGCGAACCCCGUCAGUAAGGAGUGUGGGUACUUCACGUUCCAGCUCCAUAAGCUCCGUCAACUCACACACCAGCCGAUCAUCCUUUGGACUCAAUGAACUCUUCAGCCGAGGAAGUUCUCGUCGAAGAAGACGUGCUUAUAAAGAGGAGAAAAGAUCUCUGGCCACGCCUCGAAAAGCCUUCCAAUGCACGUUCUGCACUGAAACCUUCCGAGCAAAGCACGAUUGGCAACGCCAUGAGAAUUCCUUGCAUCUGCCACUCGAGCGAUGGGUGUGCAGCCCUGACGGACCCCGUGGACAGAAAACGGACAGUUCAGAGGUUCUGUGUGUCUUUUGUGGCCAUGCUGACCCUGACGAUGCGCAUAUUGAAAGCCACAAUUACUCCGCGUGCAAGAACAGACCGGUCCAGGAACGCACUUUUAACAGAAAGGAUCAUCUCAAUCAGCACUUGAAAUUAGUGCAUAAUGCGAAGUUUGCCGAGUGGCCGAUGAGGCAGUGGAAAGCGCCUCCGCCACCUAUUCAUUCGCGAUGUGGUUUUUGUAAUCUUGUUCUGGAAACGUGGAUCGAUCGUGUGCAUCACUUGGCAGAUCACUUCAAGACAGGAAAGACCAUGGCAGAUUGGAAAGGCGACUGGGGGUUUGAACCGCAUAUUCUUGAACUUGUUGAAAACUCAAUUCCACCUUACUUUAUCGAAACUGAGCGAAAUAGUCCUUUUCCCUUUGAGGGUAGUCGGGCGCUUGUCGAAACACCACGCACGGCUUAUGAGCUUCUCAAACUGGAGCUCGCAUAUUUCAUGCAGAACCACUUUUACCAGCAUGCCAGAAUGCCGACUGCAGAUGAAAUGCAACUUGAAGCGUGUCGGAUUUUCUUUGCUUCUGAACCGUUGUCCCACGGCGACUUGGUCUGCUGUUCGUGGCUUCGGGAUCUGGUCUUUUCCAACGUUGAGAUCUCCCAACAAGCGCAGUUCGGACCUAUGCGGUCCAAUGCAGAGAGUCGACUUUCGUCAAUGGAAAUCAGCGGGAAGAAUAAUAUUUUCGAAGGAUGUCCUUUUGAGAUGCAGCUUCAAGAAUUUGUGCAAGCCAAGCAGCUCUUAGGGCUGAGUAUCAAAGAUGACGAGCUGAGAGAGGAGUGCUGCAUGAUUGUCGGGCGUUUGGAAGAGGUUUCAGCCACGCCGUCUGAUUUUAUCGCCAAUUGGCUUAUCAAAGUCAUUCACUCCACGGGAGAUUGGUUGUCACCGUUUCGGCAACGUACGGGUAUCGAAUUAAUUGGAUUAUCCGAAGGUCUGAACUUGAACAACAUGAUUCAAGAUUAUACGCGUCUGGAACAGGAAUUAGGGACAUACUUGAACAUGCAGAGGGUUAUUGGUCUGGAGCCGGGUGAUGAUGACCUCCGCCGGCAGGCCCGUGUUAUUAUCCAUGGCUCAGACUCUACUCUGGUUCACACAGCGGCCGACGACGAUUACUGGUUAGCAGCCUUUCGACAACGGCAUUCUACAUCGACAGAAACCACUGAACCGUGGAGCGCAACGCCGUCCUUACGACCAGAUCCUCACAUCCUGGCCGCUCGAUCGCUCGUUCUAAAAACAAGUACAUCAUUCCUCAACGAUCAUAAUUACUGGCGAUGGUUUACACAGGAGUUACGACGCUGGGUAGCUGCGAUCAUGUCGCCACACAACCCAGCCAGUCGAGUCCCUUCAGAUGAGGAGAUACAGCAUUAUGCUCGGUGGGUUAGUUAUAACGAUGAUGAUCCGUUCAACCAGACAAUUGCGGAGAAUAAGGAUUGGCUUGAGGCGUUUAAAAAAGAUGUUGGAAUUACCAGUGAUGGGAUAUAA